CUGUUGCUGGCCUGUCGAUUCUUUGGCUACUGACAGCUGAUACCAUGACUGGCCGGAGCGAGCUAUAUGUCGGUCUGUCUCUCUAUCACUCGAAAGUUAUUGGAACAAAUUUGACACCUAUAUCCAUGCGUUUGAAAACACACAAGAGUAUAAGGGUACUACUAAAGCAGAGUGGUCCCGAACGCGCUAGCUAGUCUGACACCUCAAGGGAGACAGCAUGAAGCAUUUUCUGCUUCUCUAUGUGACCAUAGUAUGCCUACUUUCGCCUGUGUUUGCAACAUUAUCACAGAGUGACAAGAAGAAGAAGAAGCCAAAAGAAGUAAAACCUAAACUCUCUGAUAAAACAGUCAUACAACGAGGUCUUGUCACUGAACAGGUGAAAGCGAAAGACAUAAUCAAAGAACAUGGUAUCUAUUGCGACACAAGACGUGAAGUUAAGAAUUUCCGUGGAGAAACUUUGGCCUAUGUUACACCAUGGAAUUCACAUGGUUAUGACUUAGCAAGACAAUUUGGCAACAAGUUUACUUACGUAUCUCCAGUCUGGUUACAAGUGAAGAGAAGACCAAGCGGUGCUUACGUUGUACAAGGAGAACAUGACAUUGAUAGAAAUUGGAUUGAAGAGGUCACAAAAGGUCGCAAUACCAAAAUCUUUCCUCGAAUGUUGUUUGAUGGUUGGACUGGGGAAGAUUAUCUUCACUUAUUCUCCAGCGAAGAUGAAAUUGAAGAUUGUGUUGAAACUAUUUUAAAGUUUAUCAAGAAUCAAAAUUUUCACGGAAUAGUCUUGGAGAUUUGGUCUCAGCUUGGUGGACACCGUAAAACGGAUUUGAUUCAUUUUUUGACCCAUAUGGGACAGAUGUUUCGUGAAGCUGGUCGUGUUCUUAUUCUUGUUAUACCGCCAUCUUCUGAAUCGGGAACUGAAGGAAUGUUCAACAAGAAAGACUUUGAUGCCCUUUCACCUCACAUAGAUCAGUUCAGUUUGAUGACAUAUGACUAUUCAAAUUCAUAUAAACCUGGUCCAAACAGCCCUCUUGCUUGGAUGAAAAUGUGUGUUGAGAAUUUGGUACCGUUAUUAAAUACAACAUUAAGAAAGAAAAUCUUACUUGGAUUCAAUUUCUAUGGUUAUGAUUUUGUUCCUGGAUCUGGAGACCCAAUUAUUGGAAACAAAUAUAUUGAAAUCUUAAAAAAACAUAAACCUGAGAUAAAAUGGGACAAAAACAGUUUUGAACAUACAAUACAAUACAAGACUGGAAUUGGUCAACAUAUUGUCUACUAUCCAACAUUGAUGUCAAUACAAGCCCGGCUGGAACUAGCAGAAUAUUUACAUACAGGCAUUUCUAUCUGGGAGAUUGGACAAGGGUUGGAUUAUUUUUACGAUCUGCUGUAACUGCUCUGUCAUUCCUGCUGUUAAAUAUUGAACUUCGAAUGUAAAAUUCCAAUUAUGAAAUACUUAAAAUGUUAAAAAAAAAACUUAAAAACUCAACUGAAAUAUUGUUAUAAACUGAACGUGUUUCAUUUGAUUCCAAUAAUACCAGACAUUUGGUCUGCACUGAUCUCACAGAAAUAAAUCUGAAUAAAAAAAAAAAAAA